AUGAACCUAUACCUUGACGAAGUGGCGUCAAUAAGACAGGGUAUAAGAGAAGCAGCUACCCAGACUACCGAUGUGGUGCUGGACUCUGUUCAGAGGAAACUGGAUGAGGCUCUCACUCGAACUAAUAGCUUGGCGUCAUGUGGUCACGAGGACCUGAUAGCUCACCUGAGAUCAGGUGUCACCGCUGCUGAGCGUGAGAUUGACAUGCUGCGUGAUGUGAUCCGAGACAGAGACCUCGACCAGGAAAACGCUCUCACUGAAUACAAGAUAGACGGUCUAGGAGACACUAUCCGAGACCACAACCGCAGUCUCCACAAUCUACAGGAGGUACUGCGUGAGGCGAUCACGUCACGUGAGAGGGACGCAUCACGUGAUAGGCCACGUGACGUCAUCAUUCAGCCGCGUGAGACUGAUAGCACGACUAACUCCGAGAUAAGGGAUAUUCAGAAAACCUUGCUUGAGCUCCAGUACUCCUUAAAACAUGUUGCUGAGAAUCAAGUGAAAGAAAAACCUGAAAGAGUAAGAGAGCCAGAAAUACAGCAUAACGCUAAUUGCUUACAUUGUACAAACUGCAAAAGAAACGAUCGUGAUAUUGAUCUGGAGAAAGAACUGCGGAAAGUAAAGUUAGAGUUAGCCGAGACAAUGAACGUGAAGAUGGAGAAAGGGAGCUUGGAGAAGUUGCGCAGUGAUCAUACUACACUGUCUAUUGAUAUGGAACGCAUGCGCGCGGAGCGCAACCAUCUCAAUGAAGUUCUGGCUCAGUACAAGACUCAAUUGUCGGAGAUAGAACAAGAUAAACGAGCCCGGUAUCACGAGCUAUUGGAGAUAAACGACAGAAUAGCUGAGUCUGAGAGGUCCAUGGCGGAGAACAAAGCAACAGAAAAAAGAGCAGUAGAAACGUUGAGGCAAGAAAGUGAGGAGCUGAGAAAAACUAUAUCAGACCUGAACCUGCAGCGGGAGCAGAUGAUACAUGAGGCUGCACAAACUCAACUAAACCUCAAACAUGAACGAAGAGCCUUUGAAGAAGAAAUGAGGCAGAAGAAACAAGUGUUCGAAGAGACGAGCAUUACAACAACCACGCGGAAGGAGCAGGAGAUCUCGGGUUUAGAAACACGCCAAAGGGAGCGGGAAGCAGCGCUGACCGAGCUGGACGGACAGAUACGGGAGAGACAGACUCAACUUCAUCAGCUCAAGUUGGAGGAGACCCAGAGUGAGCGGCAGAAUGAGAUGCUCAAGCAGCAGUUGGACAAACAAAUUGAGAACAGGAACGAUCUUCUGCAAAAGACUGAAGAGAAAGUUCGAGAACUAAGCUCACAGAUAGAGGAGAUAAAUGAGAAAAAGAUAGCAGCUCAGUAUGAUAUGAAGGAGGUUGUGAAAAAUAUUGGCGCUUACAAGGAUUCGCUCAGCCAGCUUGAAAGAGAAAAACAAACCAUGAACUCAGAGCUGCAGUCUGUGGCAUCGAAAUUCAAGGAAACUGAAACGAGACUAUCAAGCUUAACGUCCGAGCUGGGCGGAAUUGUGAGGGAAAAAGAUUCUGUAAAGAGUGAGUUAUGCAGACAACAAGACACCCUAGAAACCCUUACUUCUGAGGUAAAUGGCCUCAACGAAAAGAAACAGCAAAGAAAAGAUAAGCUUAAACAACUGCAGGAAGAUUGCGAAACUCUUGAUCGAAAUAUCCGCGAGAAAAGGUCAGCCAGCGUGGGUCACACCACAAAGAAGAACGAGUUGGAAAAGGAGACCAGGGAACUGGAGUCUAAACAAAAGAUGUUCUCCGAGCAAGUUGAGGAUAUCUCGAGGGAGCUGAAAUCGUUAGAUGCUCAGAAACAAAACGAAAUAAAUAGCAUAACCGAAUUGAAAAAUAAUUUCGAAGUGAUAAAGUCUAAACGCGGCCAGCUACAAGACUCGUUUACAGUAGAAGAGGAGAAGAUAAAGGACUGUGUUCAGACUAUGAGAGGAGAACAAGCUGCCCUAGAUGAAAACCUCAAAACUCUGGAGCAAAAGAUUGGGAGUCUAGAUCGUGACAUUUCCUUGAAAACUGAGAAUCUGUUGCGUCUGUCUGAAGAAGAAGAACGCAACAAAGCGAUACUAGCUGAACUGGAGAUGUCAAAGGUGUCCGCGACUAACGAGCUGGAUCAACACUUGAACUCGGCUAUAAAGGAGAAAUACGCACUCUCAACUGACAUAACAGCGUUGAAACGGGAAAAGGAGCAGCUGAAAUCCCAACAAGCGACGCUUACAGCAGAGUUACAGAAAAUGAGGAAUGAGGACGCCUUACUCAGAGACAAAAUCCGCAACGAUAAGACGGUGUGUGAGCAGCUUCAGACCACGUGUGCUAACGCAGAGAGACAGUAUAAAGACUACUGUAACUUAGCGGAACAGACUGUCUUACAGAUGAACAAUCUCCACAAGAAUAUCGUGACUGUGGAGAAGGAACUGCAGGGAAAAAGGUCCGAGCUCCGAGACUCCAACUCCAAGCUGGAUCAGAUACAGUCCGUGCUGCAGGACCGCCAGGAGAAGCUACACUUACUCGAGAGGAAACUCCUGUCUUACGCUCAGAAACUCACCAGCUCCAAGACAACUCUAGAAGAAAACCAGAACAACAUUUCGAGUUUAGCACUGCAGAAAUCUGACUUAGACAGUGAAAUGGGGAUGUUGAAACGAGAAAUUGACAGCCUUGAGGGGUCAAAACAGAGAACAAACGAAGAAGUGAACGGUCAAAGAAACGUUCUGGAUAAUCUAAGGAAAGAUUUGGCUGCCUGCCAGAGGCAGCACAAGCAAGAGAUGGCGAAGUACAACAAACUUAUGAGAGAGAAAACGAAAUAUGAUUCAGAGGUGAAAUCUGCCAAGGCGUCAUGCGACAGUUAUUCUCAAAACUUAGCGCGGAUGAAGCAGGACGAACAAGUGACGAAGGAGAGGAUGAGUGAACUAUCACGUGACCUGGCGGCUGUUUCCCAGGAGUUUAAGGAGAAGAGUGCUAGUUUGAGGAGUGUGGAGGAGUUGAAGAGUCAGACCUCUCACCUUGAUCAUGAGAUAAAACAAAAAUCAGAGGUGUUAUCUAAAUAUGAUGAAAAGUUGGGAGAGAUAAGCAAGGUUAAGGAGGCUGCCAUGGAAAAGGAAAUGUUACUCAAAGAUUCUGAGACCAAGGUGGCAAACUUACAGAACCAAAUAGAAGACUUAACUAAAACAUCUCAAGAAAAGCAGCAGUCCGAAUACGUGGCCACUACUGGGUUAAAAAAGAAUAUGAAGAAGUUGAAAAAGCACCUGAAGUCUCAAAUGGAGAGCUCGUCGCAACUGAAGAAGGAGCUGGCGGAACAGGUUGCUACUGCUAAAACAUUGGAGCUAGACCUUCUGGCUCAGCGUGAUGCACAUAACUCCAUCCUGGCAACCUUGGAGGAAGACAAUGAAGCUUUACAUUCUAAGUGCGAGGAGCAACUUCUCGAAAUAGAGACCCUCAGAUUGGAGCUGACAGCCAGUCGUCAUAAUUUGGGUACAAAACAAGCUGAACUAACCUUUGUGGCAGAGGAUAUUUUUAACAAAUCCGUUCACGGAGACAUGGACAACAGACUUGCUGCUCUGGGGGCACGGGACGAAAUUAGGAAUGAACUGAUGUACUCUAUAACGGAAAUGAACAGAAAUAAGCGAGAUAUAUUGUCUGAUAUGGAGCUGCUGCGACCCAAUGAGAAUAUUCCUACCCGGGAUACGUCAGCUAUUGAAGAUCGCAAGAUUCUAGAUAACAUAAACUACAAGCUGAACCAGAUAGAAAGUACAUUAAACAAGGAUACACUCAGCUCACCUAUGAGAACUGGAACAUUCGCUGACCCGUUACUAACAACAGAGGACUCAAUCUUGAACUGUACAGACCGUCAUGAUGACGUCAUGAUGACGUCACAUGACCUGGCUGCUACAGGAGAGUCUCUGUACAAGUCGAAACCGCGUCAUCCUUCAUUGUCAUCACUGGAGAAUACUCAACCAAGAUCCCAGUUAGCCAGCCGACAAGACUACAUCCCUCGCUCCCUCAACUCCGAGUCCCUUUCUCACCCUCCCACUUCAUCUCCGGAAUACAGACAAACCCCCGGUACGGAGUCCGGGAGGAACAGCCGGAUUACUCCGGCUUCAGAUCAGGGUUAUCUUACCGGACAUGAUCCGGACACCCUGUCUCACGAACAAGAUCAGUGGUACAAUCAUGUAGAUUGAGCAGAUCUAUUUAUAGUUUAAUGAGAGAAUGAGAUUAUCUUGAUGUAUUAUUAUUAUAAUUGUAUAUCAAUAACUGUUCUCGCAAUUUGGGUACCUUUGAUUAGUUGUUAAUGUUUUUUGACGAUGUCUGAUGUCAUGACUCGUCCAGUAUUACUAUUUGAUUGUGUCGGACAGUGCAUUAAAUUUCUUGUUUAUGCCGGAAUAUGGUGUAUGAUUAGCAUUGCGUUUGUAGAGUUAAAUCUCAUUAAUCGUUUUAUAAUUUAUACAUGUUAUCUUCCCUAUAUUUCAACAGAUUAACUCACAGUGUGUUUAUUUUGUAUAACA